GGAUGAAAUACGCGGAUAGUGAAACGCGGCAAAUCUGAUAGCCACGCUUUCGCCUUGCGCAGAAAUGUUGAAACCCCCGCUAGUGCGGUUUUGGUCCUCAUCUUCCUUGGUUGUCCCAUCCCCGUCCCCUCGAGCUCUACCAGCAUUCCUCCCAGGGAGAAUCCGCACUCCGCCGAUCGAAGAUACAAUGGAUAAUUCUGUGUGCAUGAUGAUGGAGGACACUGGUGGAGAAGGCACCGAAAGCCUGGGGUAUCGCGGUCAGAGGAAUACACUCAGGUUGCAGCACUACAACCUAGGAUCAACAACUCAUAUGCUAGAAAGCUACUCCGAACAUCAGCUGUAGAGAACACAGCUGAGAUCUCAGCUGUGGAGAGCCCAGCUGAAAACUCAGCUGUGCAGUGUUCAGCUGAACUUACUAGCGCGCCACCCAGGGGUGGCCCCCCUUCCUUCCCCUAGUAUAUAUACAACUAGCUAGACGUCG